GUCGCCUGACCCGCAUGCGCAACGUAGGCCGCUCCUGAUUGGUCGCCACGUUUCAUUUGGUUGGUUGAAGCGAGGCCUCGCUUUACCUUGGAGAAGAUGGCGCUGAACUCAACGAACCCGUCGCAGUUGUUACCGCUGGAACUGGUGGACAAAUGCAUUGGCUCGCGCAUUCAUAUUGUCAUGAAAAAUGACAAAGAAAUUGUAGGAACGCUGCUAGGUUUUGAUGAUUUUGUCAACAUGGUACUUGAAGAUGUCACAGAGUUUGAAAUCACACCAGAAGGAAGAAGAAUCACAAAACUAGACCAAAUCUUGUUGAAUGGAAACAACAUAACUAUGCUUAUACCUGGUGGUGAAGGCCCUGAAGUAUGAAUGAAUCCUUCUGACUUUCAACUGUGAAAUUUUGAAUCUCUGGUUUUGAGUUUGUGCUUUGACCUUCUAAAAUUUAAUUUCAGCAGAAUUUCCAAAAGUUUGUUAAUAUUUUGUAUGUUGAGCAAAGAGUAGAUUGUCUCAGAAGAGGUGAAUCAUGACCAAGUGCAUGUAAAAUUUGAUUUUUUUUAAGAAAACAAUAAAAUGUUUUAAGUUAUAACUACA